UGUUGACUUGGAAAAACUAGGCCAGUCCAGCGUACAGCAACUCUAUAUACUUUAUGAGCCAAACUUUACUCAAUUCAGAAUCCUUUCUCUGUAGAGAUGGCUCAAUUAUUUCUCAUUCUCUGCUUCUUCCUAACCCUUUUCAUUUCCAUGGCUACUUCUCUUAACGAUCAAGGUCUUGCUCUUCUCUCCUUUCAGCAAGCCUUGCAAAAACCAAAAGAUGACUCUGUCUUUACCAGUUGGAACUCCUCAGAUUCAAACCCUUGUUCUUGGCAAGGCAUUACAUGUAAUAAAGAUCUGAGAGUCAUCUCAAUUCGUCUUCCUAGCAAAAACCUUUCGGGUUCUCUUCAUCCUUCCAUAGGAACCCUCUUGUCCCUUCGACACAUUAACCUCAGAGACAAUGAGUUUCAAGGAAACUUACCAGUGGAGCUCUUUGCACCAGAAGGGCUUCAAAGCUUGGUGAUCUCUGGAAAUUCGUUUUCGGGGUUUGUUCCGGAGGAGAUAGGGAGGUUGAAGAGUCUGAUCACUUUGGAUCUUUCAAAGAACUCUUUCAACGGUUCGAUACCUUUGUCACUUGUUCAAUGCAAGAAGCUGAAAACACUUGUUCUUAGCGACAACGACUUCUCAGGAGAUCUUCCAACCGGGUUCGGUUCUAGUUUGGUCCAUCUUCGGAGUCUGGAUCUUUCCUUCAAUCGGUUGAGUGGAACAAUUCCCGAAGAUAUAGGAAGCUUGAAGAAUCUGAAAGGGACUCUUGAUCUUUCUCACAACUCCUUGUCAGGUAUGAUUCCAACAAGCCUUGGAGAUCUCCCGGAGGUUCUUUAUGUCGAUCUUUCUUACAAUAAUCUCAGUGGUCCGAUACCACAAUCAAACGUCCUGCUGAACGCCGGUCCAAAUGCUUUCCAAGGGAACCCUUCGCUCUGUGGAAUACCCACAAAGGUUUCUUGCGCAACAAGGAACGCACAAACAAUUCCUUCUCAGCUCUAUUCAAGAAAAGCCAACCAUCAUUCUAGGUUUUGCACCAUCCUUACAGCCACCGGAUGCACAGUCGCUGGAAUAGUCUUUCUUGCUUCAUUAUUCAUCUACCAUCUCCGAAGAGCAUCCGCCGCUCGUGCAGACAAAGAUCAAAACAACCGAACAAGUCAUUCGGAGAAGAAGACAAUGCAAGAGUUUCUCUGUUUCAAGACGGGAAACUCGAAAUCCGAAGCGCUAGAUGAAAACAAAACUCAACAGGUUUUCAUGCCAAUGGACCCGGAGAUUCAGUUUGACCUAGACCAGCUUCUCAAAGCAUCGGCAUUUCUGCUAGGAAAGAGCAGGAUCGGGAUUGUCUACAAAGUUGUUCUUGAAAACGGGUUGAUGUUAGCCGUUAGAAGACUGGAAGAUAAAGGUUGGUUAAGGCUCAAAGAGUUUCUUGCUGAUGUCGAAGCAAUGGCGAAAAUCAAGCACCCUAAUGUCUUGAAUCUACAAGCUUGUUGCUGGUCUCCUGAAGAGAAGCUCCUAAUUUAUGAUUACAUACCAAAUGGUGACCUUGGUUCUGCUAUUCAAGGUAGACCAGGUAGCUUGUCAUGCAAGCAACUUUCUUGGCCGGUUCGGUUAAGAAUACUGAGAGGAAUCGCGAAAGGAUUGACAUACAUUCACGAGUUCAGUCCCAAGAGAUACGUCCAUGGACAUAUAAACUCCAGCAACAUACUUUUUGGGCCGAAUCUUGAACCGAAAAUUUCAGGUUUUGGUUUGGGGCGUAUUGUCGACAUGCCUUCUUCAGGCACUAGAUCGGAUCAGAUCUCUCCGAUGGAGUCACGCUCACCAAGCGUGUCAAGAGAAGCAUAUUACCAAGCUCCUGAAGCUUCCAAGAUGACUAAACCGUCUCAGAAAUGGGACGUGUAUUCUUUCGGUUUAGUGGUACUCGAAAUGGUAACCGGGAAAUCUCCGGUUAUGCAGAUGAAUAGUUCAGAGACCGAUUUGGUUAUGUGGGUUGAAUCAGCUGCUGAGAGAAAUAAACCGGUUUGGUAUGUGCUUGACCCAGUUUUAACUAGAAAGAGAGAUAUGGAAGACAGUAUGGUUCAAGUGGUCAAGAUCGGUUUAGCUUGUGUACAGAAGAGCCCAGAUAAAAGACCAAUCAUGAGAAAUGUCUAUGCCAGCUUCGAAAAACUGGCAUCUUCAAUUAAAAAAAAAAAAGUUUUUUUUUUCUUUUUGUUUUAUUCAACAAAAUAACUUAAGUUAUCAUAUGAUAUAUUUUGAUGUAACCACUAUGUUAUGUGUAUUUUUCAUAAUACCACAAAACUCCUAUGCCUUCUAAACCA